UGGCAUUGUUGUUUACAAAGUACCGGGCGAGUACAGUUCUACCCCGAGUUACAAUUAAAAGUGUGUGGAUUUUUGCAGUAAAAAGUAUUAUUUACUUUUACAUAGUAACAAUCCGUACUCACCAUGUCGGAUGCCGACGAUCAGAUGGAGGUGGCCGAGGAUCUAAACAUCGAGGAUGCCAUACUGGAAAAUGCGAGCGACGGAGAUGAUGAUGACGAUGCAGACGGAACCGACAAGAAGGAGAACGGUGGCAAGGCCAAGGUUUACUUGCCCGGUGGCAAAAUGUCCCACGACGAAGAGCUGGUGUGCGAUGAGUCCGCGUACAUAAUGCUGCACCAGGCGCAAACCGGUGCCCCGUGUCUUAGCUUCGACAUUGUGGCCGAUCCGCUCGGUGAUGAUCGGGAAGAGUUUCCACUGACGGCGUACCUUGUGUCCGGUACACAGGCGGCCCGUACACACGUGAACAGCGUGAUCGUGAUGAAGAUGGCCAAUCUGACGCGCACGUCCAAACCGUCCGACGGUGAGGAUUCGGACGAGGAUGAGGCGGUCAGCGAUGACGAGGACGUGGAGGAAGAUCAAACGCCCGUGCUGAGCAGUGUGAUGAUCAAACAUCCCGGGUGCGUGAAUCGGUUGCGGGUGACCUCGUUCGGUACCUCGCAGUUUGUGGCCUCGUGGAGCGAGAUGGGCCGGGUGCACAUUUACAACAUCAACGAACAGCUGGCAAUGCUCGACGAUAGCCAGGCGCGGAAGGCGUACCAAACGAACAAGACCGGCGACGGAGUGAAGCCGGACUUUACGUUUUCUGGCCACCAGAAGGAGGGUUUCGCGAUUGACUGGUGCCCGACGAAGCGGGGCAUGCUGGCGACGGGUGACUGUCGGCGUGACAUUCACAUCUGGCGACCGAACGAUAAGGGUGCGUGGAACGUUGAUCAGCGACCGCUGGUGGGCCACACCGACUCGGUCGAGGACAUCCAGUGGAGUCCGAACGAGGCGGAAGUGUUGGCCUCGUGCUCGGUCGAUAAAUCGAUCCGCAUCUGGGACUGUCGGGCUGCACCGUCCAAGGCGUGCAUGCUGACGGCGGAGAACGCGCACGAGAGUGACGUGAACGUGAUCAGCUGGAACCGAAAUGAACCACUCAUCGCGAGCGGUGGCGAUGACGGUGUGCUGCAUGUUUGGGAUCUGCGACAGUUCCAGUCGAAAACACCGGUGGCCACCUUCAAACACCACACCGACCACAUAACGACCGUCGAGUGGCACCCGAAAGAAUCCACCAUACUGGCGUCCGGUGGCGACGAUGAUCAGAUUGCACUGUGGGAUCUGUCCGUCGAGAAGGACGAUGCGGACGAUACGGCGAACGAUGAUCCGAACCUGAAGGAUUUGCCUCCGCAGCUGCUGUUCAUUCACCAGGGCCAGAGCGAAAUCAAGGAACUGCACUGGCAUCCGCAGCUGAAGGGCGUGAUACUAUCGACGGCACACACCGGGUUCAAUGUUUUCCGUACGAUAAGCGUUUAGAAGAGCGGGCGUCAUACAUUCGCGGAGCACGGUAAUAAAGCGUGUCGGGUGUUUAAAAACCGA